AGAUUUAAAGGAUGAAAAAGUGAGACCUGCAUCAAAGCCGUUAUGGAGAGAAACAGGAAGAGCCUUGUUCCGCUCUGGACGGGAUUAGUAAUUGUACUGCUUAACAAACAGUGUCAGUCCAGCUUUACUGAAGGUCCAGCUCAGACUCUCUCGGGAAGCCGAGCGGCGGAAACAUGUAACUCCACCCUACUGACCAACACACCCUCUGUGGUAUCAGACGCGAUGGUGAAUAUCAGCAGUAAGGUUUUAUAUGGAGUCUGGAAUAAAGAGGACCUCCCAGCGGGAACACUGCAACACCUUCAGACCCGCCUCACACAGAUCAUCCAAUCAGCUCUCAACCUCUCAGCUACACUGAACACAGAGGCCGAUGCUGAUGUCAUCAUGCUGUUCCGCUCUCUGGAGACGCUCAGCGGCUGCAACAGUCUGAAGUUUGUGGAGUCGUGGGGUCAGAUGAAGCUUCUGCCUCUCCUCCAACAUAUAACCCCCGACUUCCUGAUCAGACUGAGCCACGUUAACCUCACCUGUGAAGCCUAUCAGACCAUUGUAAGACUCCUGAGCAUAAACAGUGAACUUAUUUCUGAAGAAAACCAGAGACUGAUCUACACCCACUUCAUCUACACUUACCUGUCCAGAACAGACACAACAGAUCCAGGUUGUGUUUCGCAUGUGACUGAUAUCAUGGAAUGGCUGGAGAUGAACUUUGGAGUAUUCUUCACUAAUAUCUCACAGUUUUCAUCACUGAGAUUCUUGAGUCCGUCCCAAAUAGCCGAACUAACGCUUCACUCUGAAGCUCUGCACAGCACAUAUCUGAUCAACAUCAUCUUCAGACAUCUGGAGGAAGGUCCUGCCCUGCAGAACAUCAAGGAGUUCAUGAUGCAUCUGAUCAAUAACUCAACGAUCCUCAACAUGAGUCCUGAGGUUCGGGACGUCAUGAUGAAUCGGACCUUCAUCAUCAUCAGGGUUAAAUUCCCAGAAUUUACAGACUCAGACUGGAGAGACUGGUUCAACAUCACACUGGUUCCUCUGCUCCCCAGUCUGACGCCGGAGAUGCUAACAGCUGUAAUAGCAGAUCUCCACUGCACCACUUAUCAGAUAAUUGUUGAAGGAUUGAACAAGGCGUUCGAUCAGAUGACUCUGAGCAGAAGACAGGAAAUCACACUGGUUCUGAUUCAUUACCUGAAGGAAUCUGAAAAUCUCAACAGCUUAGGAUUACCUUGUGGAUUUAACACAAACACUGUCAAUGCCUGGUUUUCGGUGAACUUUGGCAAAUAUUUCAUUUAUGUGACCAUUGAAGAUCUGAAGUUGCUCAAUCAUGACUGCUCCAAUCCUGCAUCACUGGGAACAACUGUUGGACAUCAAUCUCCAACAACAUUUUCCGUCUCUAGGACAGACAGUGAAACAUUAAUAAGUACUAAGAGGAUGUCUACACCUGAAGAGAGUGCAGCCACUGCUAUAGAUCAUUUUACUCCAGAAAUGGAAACAGCACACAGUGAGGUUACUUCUGGAUUUCCAAAUACCGAACGCAAUACAGUUACAACUCUAGCUCUGACCCCAGCAGUGAUAAUGUCUACACAAAUUUCCACAAGUGGAAAAGAAGAAUCGGCUAUUUUGAGCACAAUAUCUGGUGAACACGUAAUUUCAACAACCGCAGAAUCUGGAACUUCAUCUGAAACAACAAAGGACGGAUCUGGAAUUUCAUCAGAAAUAACAACAAAGGGAGAAUCUGGAACUUCAUCGGAAACAACAAAGGAUGGAUCUGGAACUUCAUCUGAAACAACAAAGGAUGGAUCUGGAACUUCAAAAGAGAUAACAACAAAGGGAGAAUCUGGAAGUUCAACAGGGAUAACAACAAAGGAAGAAUCUGGAACUUCAUCAAAAACAACAACAAAGGGAGAAUCUGGAAGUUCAACAGACAUAACAACAAGGGUAGAAUCUGGAACUUCAUCUGAAACAACAACAAAGAGGGAAUCUGGAAGUUCAACAGAAAUAACAACAAAGGGAGAAUCUGGAACUUCAACAGAAAGAACAACAAAAGGAGAAUCUGGAACUUCAUCUGAAACAACAAAGGAAAUAUCUGGAACUUCAACAGACAUAACAACAAAGGCAGAAUCUGGAACUUCAUCAGAAACAACAAAAGGAGAAUCUGGAACUUCAACUGAAAUAACAACUAAUGGAGGACCUGAAAGUUCAUCUGAAACAACAAAGGACGGAUCUGGAACUUCAAAAGACAUAACAACAAAGGGAGAAUAUGGAACUUCAACAGAAAUAACAACAAAGGGAGAAUCUGGAACUUCAUCUGAAACAACAAAAGGAGAAUCUGGAACUUCAACUGAAAUAACAACUAAUGGAGGACCUGAAAGUUCAUCUGAAACAACAAAGGACGGAUCUGGAACUUCAAAAGACAUAACAACAAAGGGAGAAUCUGGAACUUCAACAGAAAUAACAACAAAGGGAGAAUCUGGAAGUUCAUCAGAAAUAACAACAAGGGGAGAUUCUGAAACUUCUACAGAAAUAACAACAAAGGGAGAAUCUGGAACUUCAUCAGAAAUAACAACAAAGGGAGAAUCUGGAGCUUCAUCUGAAACAACAAAGGACGGAUCUGGAACUUCAACAGACAUAACAACAAAGGCAGAAUCUGGAAGUUCAAAAGAAAUAACAACAAAGGGAGAAUCUGGAACUUCACCUGAAACAACAAAGGACGGAUCUGGAACUUCAACAGAAAUAACAACUAAGAGAGAAUCUGGAACUUCAUCUGAAACAACAAAGGACGGAUCUGGAACUUCAUCAGAAAGAACAACAAAGGGAGAAUCUGGAAGUUCAAUAGAAAUAACAACAAAGGGAGAGUCUGGAACUUCAACAGAAAUAACAACAAAGGGAGAAUCUGGAACUUCACCUGAAACAACAAAGGACGGAUCUGGAACUUCAACAGAAAUAACAACAAAGAGAGAAUCUGGAACUUCAUCUGAAACAACAAAGGACGGAUCUGGAACUUCAACAGAAAUAACAACAAAGGGAGAAUCUGGAAGUCCAUCUGAAACAACAAAGGACAGAUCUGGAAUUUCAUCAGAAAUAACAACAAAGGGAGAAUCUGGAACUUCAACAGAAAUAACAAAAAAAGGAGGAUCUGGAAGUUUAGAAGAAAUAACAACAAAGGGAGAAUCUGGAACUUCAUCUGAAACAACAAAGGACGGAUCUGGAACUUCAAGAGACAUAACAACAAAGGGUGAAUCUGGAACUUCAUCUGAAACAACAACAAAGGGAGAAUCUGGAAGUUCAACAGAAACAACAAAGAGAGGAUCUGAAACUUCAUCUGGAACUUCAUCAGAAACAACAAAGAGAGGAUCUGGAACUUCAUCAGAAACAACAAAGAGAGGAUCUGGAACUUCAUCAGAAACAACAAAGAGAGGAUCUGGAACUUCAUCUGAAACAACAAAGGGAGAAUCUGAAACUUCAUCUGAAACAACAAAGGGAGAAUCUGAAACUUCAUCAGAAACAACAAAGGGAGAAUCUGGAACUUCAUCAGAAACAACAAAGGGAGAAUCUGGAACUUCAUCAGAAACAACAAAGAGAGGAUCUGGAACUUCAUCAGAAACAACAAAGAGAGGAUCUGGAACUUCAUCUGAAACAACAAAGAGAGGAUCUGGAACUUCAUCAGAAACAACAAAGAGAGAAUCUGAAACUUCAUCUGAAACAACAAAGGGAGAAUCUGAAACUUCAUCAGAAACAACAAAGGGAGAAUCUGGAACUUCAUCAGAAACAACAAAGAGAGGAUCUGGAACUUCAUCAGAAACAACAAAGAGAGGAUCUGAAACUUCAUCAGAAACAACAAAGAGAGGAUCUGAAACUUCAUCAGAAACAACAAAGAGAGGAUCUGAAACUUCAUCAGAAACAACAAAGAGAGGAUCUGGAACUUCAUCAGAAACAACAAAGGGAGAAUCUGGAACUUCAUCUGAAACAACAAAGAGAGAAUCUGAAACUUCAUCAGAAACAACAACAAAGGGAGAAUCUGGAACUUCAUCAGAAACAACAACAAAGGGAGAAUCUGGAACUUCAUCGGAAACAACAAAGAGAGAAUCUGAAACUUCAUCAGAAACAACAACAAAGGGAGAAUCUGGAACUUCAUCUGAAACAACAAAGGACGGAUCUGGAACUUCAACAGACAUAACAACAAAGGGAGAAUCUGGAACUUCAUCUGAAACAACAACAAAGGGAGAAUCUGGAAGUUCAACAGAAACAACAAAGACAGGAUCUGAAACUUCAUCAGAAACAACAAAGAGAGAAUCUGAAACUUCAUCAGAAACAACAACAAAGGGAGAAUCUGGAACUUCAUCAGAAACAACAACAAAGAGAGGAUCUGGAACUUCAUCGGAAACAACAAAGAGAGAAUCUGAAACUUCAUCAGAAACAACAACAAAGGUAGAAUCUGGAACUUCAUCUGAAACAACAAAGGACGGAUCUGGAACUUCAUCAGAAAUAACAACAAAGGGAGAAUCUGGAACUCCAUCUGAAACAACAAAGGACAGAUCUGGAAUUUCAUCAGAAAUAACAACAAAGGGAGAAUCUGGAACUUCAACAGAAAUAACAACAAAGGGAGGAUCUGAAACUUCAUCAGAAACAACAAAGAGAGAAUCUGAAACUUCAUCAGAAACAACAAAGAGAGGAUCUGAAACUUCAUCACAAACAACAAAGAGAGGAUCUGAAACUUCAUCAGAAACAACAAAGAGAGGAUCUGAAACUUCAUCAGAAACAACAAAGACAGAAUCUGAAACUUCAUCAGAAACAACAACAAAGGGAGAAUCUGGAACUUCAUCAGAAACAACAACAAAGAGAGGAUCUGGAACUUCAUCGGAAACAACAAAGACAGAAUCUGAAACUUCAUCAGAAACAACAACAAAGAGAGAAUCUGAAACUUCAUCAGAAACAACAACAAAGGUAGAAUCUGGAACUUCAUCUGAAACAACAAAGGACGGAUCUGGAACUUCAUCAGAAAUAACAACAAAGGGAGAAUCUGGAACUUCAACAGAAAUAACAACAAAGGGAGGAUCUGAAACUUCAUCAGAAACAACAAAGAGAGGAUCUGAAACUUCAUCAGAAACAACAAAGAGAGGAUCUGAAACUUCAUCAGAAACAACAAAGAGAGAAUAUGGAACUUCAUCUGAAACAACAAAGGACAGAUCUGGAACUUCAACAGAAAUAACAACAAAGGGAGAAUCUGGAAGUUCAUCAGAAAUAACAACAAGGGGAGAUUCUGAAACUUCUACAGAAAUAACAACAAAGGGAGAAUCUGGAACUUCAUCAGAAAUAACAACAAAGGGAGAAUCUGGAGCUUCAUCUGAAACAACAAAGGACGGAUCUGGAACUUCAGCAGACAUAACAACAAAGGCAGAAUCUGGAAGUUCAAAAGAAAUAACAACAAAGGGAGAAUCUGGAACUUCAUCUGAAACAACAAAGGACGGAUCUGGAACUUCAUCAGAAAGAACAACAAAUGUAGAAUCUGGAAGUUCAAUAGAAAUAACAACAAAGGGAGAAUCUGGAACUUCAUCUGAAACAACAAAGGACGGAUCUGGAACUUCAACAGAAAUAACAACAAAGGGAGAAUCUGAAACUUCAUCAGAAGCAACAAAGGGAGAAUCUGGAACUUCAUCAGAAACAACAAAAAAGGGAGAAUCUGAAACUUCAUCAGAAACAACAAAGAGAGGAUCUGAAACUUCAUCAGAAACAACAACAAAGGGAGAAUCUGGAACUUCAAAAGAAACAACAACAAAGGGAGAAUCUGGAACUUCAUCAGAAACAACAAAGAGAGGAUCUGAAACUUCAUCAGAAACAACAAUGAGAGGAUCUGUAACUUCAACAGAAACAACAAAGAGAGAAUCUGAAACUUCAUCAGAAACAACAAUGAGAGGAUCUGGAACUUCAUCAGAAACAACAAAGAGAGGAUCUGGAACUUCAUCAGAAACAACAAAGAGAGGAUCUGGAACUUCAUCUGAAACAACAAAGGGAGAAUCUGGAAGUUCAACAGACAUAACAACAAAGGGAGAAUCUGGAAGAUUAGAAGAAAUAACAACAAAGGGAGAAUCUGGAACUUCAUCUGAAACAACAAAGGACGGAUCUGGAACUUCAACAGACAUAACAACAAAGGGAGAAUCUGGAAAUUCAUCAGAAACAACAACAAAGGGAGAAUCUGGAAUUUCAACAGAAACAACAAAGAGAGGAUCUGAAACUUCAUCAGAAACAACAAAGAGAGGAUCUGGAACUUCAUCAGAAACAACAACAAAGGGAGAAUCUGGAAGUUCAACAGAAACAACAAAGAGAGAAUCUGAAGCUUCUUCAGAAACAACAAAGAGAGGAUCUGGAACUUCAUCAGAAACAACAAAGAGAGGAUCUGGAACUUCAUCAGAAACAACAAAGGGAGAAUCUGGAACUUCAUCAGAAACAACAAAGAGAGGAUCUGGAAGUUCAUCAGAAACAACAAAGGGAGAAUCUGGAACUUCAUCAGAAACAACAAAGAGAGGAUCUGGAACUUCAUCAGAAACAACAAAGAGAGGAUCUGGAACUUCAUCAGAAACAACAAAGGGAGAAUCUGGAACUUCAUCUGAAACAACAAAGGACGGAUCUGGAACUUCAACAGACAUAACAACAAAGGGAGAAUCUGGAAAUUCAUCAGAAACAACAACAAAGGGAGAAUCUGGAAUUUCAACAGAAACAACAAAGAGAGGAUCUGAAACUUCAUCAGAAACAACAAAGAGAGGAUCUGGAACUUCAUCAGAAACAACAAAGAGAGGAUCUGGAACUUCAUCAGAAACAACAAAGGGAGAAUCUGGAAGUUCAACAGAAACAACAAAGAGAGAAUCUGAAGCUUCUUCAGAAACAACAAAGAGAGGAUCUGGAACUUCAUCAGAAACAACAAAGAGAGGAUCUGGAACUUCAUCAGAAACAACAAAGGGAGAAUCUGGAACUUCAUCAGAAACAACAAAGAGAGGAUCUGGAAGUUCAUCAGAAACAACAAAGGGAGAAUCUGGAACUUCAUCAGAAACAACAAAGAGAGGAUCUGGAACUUCAUCAGAAACAACAAAGAGAGGAUCUGGAACUUCAUCAGAAACAACAAAGGGAGAAUCUGGAACUUCAUCAGAAACAACAAAGAGAGGAUCUGGAACUUCAUCAGAAACAACAAAGGGAGAAUCUGGAACUUCAUCAGAAACAACAAAGAGAGGAUCUGGAACUUCAUCUGAAACAACAAAGGGAGAAUCUGGAACUUCAUCAGAAACAACUAAGGGAGAAUCUGGAACUGCAUCAGAAACAACAAAGAGAGGAUCUGAAACUUCAUCAGAAACAACAAAGGGAGAAUCUGGAACUUCAUCUGAAACAACAAAGAGAGGAUCUGGAACUUCAUCUGAAACAACAAAGAGAGGAUCUGGAACGUCAUCAGUAACAACAACAAAAUCUCAAUUUUUAUCAAAUCCAACAAAAGCAGAUUCUGGAACAUCAAAAGGAUUAUCAACACCAGAUUGUCUAACAACAGUUGAGUCUCUAACUUCAAUAGCAAGAACAGCAGAUUUUGUAACUUUAACAGCAAAAACAACAUUGGUAUCUGUAACAUCAAACGGAAAAACAACAGCACAAUCUCUAACAUCAAAAGGAAAAACAACAGCACAAUCUGUAACUUCAAAAGGAAAAACAACGGCACAAUCUGUAACUUCAAACGGAAAAACAACAGCACAAUCUCUAACAUCAAAAGGAAAAACAACAGCACAAUCUGUAACUUCAAACGGGAAAACAACAGCACAGUCUGUAACUUCAAAAGGAAAAACAACAGCACAAUCUAUAACUUCAAAAGGAAAAACAACAGCACAGUCUGUGACUUCAAAAGGAAAAACAACAGCACAGUCUGUGACUUCAAAAGGAAAAACAACAGCACAAUCUGUAACUUCAAAAGGAAAAACAACAGCACAGUCUGUGACUUCAAAAGGAAAAACAACAGCACAAUCUGUAACUUCAAAAGGAAAAACAACAGCACAGUCUGCGACUUCAAAAGGAAAAACAACAGCACAGUCUGUAACUUCAAAAGGAAAAACAACAGCACAGUCUGUGACUUCAAAAGGAAAAACAACAGCACAGUCUGUGACUUCAAAAGGAAAAACAACAGCACAGUCUGUGACUUCAAAAGGAAAAACAACAGCACAGUCUGUGACUUCAAAAGGAAAAACAACAGCACAGUCUGUGACUUCAAAAGGAAAAACAACAGCACAAUCUAUAACUUCAAAAGGAAAAACAACAGCACAAUCUAUAACUUCAAAUGGAAAAACAACAGCGCAGAUAUUAACAUCAAAAGGAAAGACAACAGCCCAAUAUGUAACAUCAAAAGCUGGAACAACAGGUUCUUUAACUUUAACAAAUGCAACAACAAACGCCACCACGACCCAACAAUCUACAACAAUCAUUAAUUGCAACAUGUUGCUCUCUAGAAUAGAUGAAAGUACAGCUAACAGAUCUUCAUCACCAGGAGUCCUGACCUUCUCACAAGUAGCUGAUCUGGCUUUACGAUCUGCAGCCGUAAAUAAAACCGAAAUCAUUACCGAAAUAUUCCACUGUCUUAGAGAAGUAAAUGCUCUGAAGAACGUUACAGAGUUCCUGGAUAGUCUGGAAAAAAAGUCGGCAAAAAUCGAACACGUGGCGAGAGACAUCAUGAUGCAACAGACCUUCGACAUAAUCAGCUUCCAUUUCUCAGAGUUUUCCAUAGCUGACUGGAACAGCUGGUUUUGUCUCAGACUGGUUCCUCUCUUGCCCAGUUUGACUCCAAAUAUGUUACAAACCAUAUUAGCAAAGGUCGACUGCACCGUUUACCAAAUAAUUGUUAGUGGACUGAGCAUGGCGUUUGAUGAAAUGAGCUUGAGUUUACAGAAGGACAUCACAAGAAUUCUGGUGAAUUACCUGAGGGAGACUCAGAAAAUCAUUAGAGCAGCUAAACCCUGUGGAUCAAACACCAAUACAGACUUUGACUGGCUUUGGAAGAACUUUGGCAAAUUCUACAUCUACAUGCCUCUGGAGGACCUGCAGCUGCUCAUUCCUGAUUUAUUUAAGUUUUCUUCAAUAAACGACUUCAAUGCGUCGCAGGUCUUUGAUCAGGCUGUAACUUCUAAUGCUCUUCAGAAGAAAGAUCUGAUGAUAAUGGUUUUUAACUGUCUGAAAAAAGGAAAUGGUCUGAAGACUUUACAUGAGUUUUUUUCUGUUCUGGCUAACAGCUCGAAGAAAAAGAAUCUACAGAUACACCCUGCAGUCGGGGACUUCAUGCUCAACCAGACUCUGGACAUAAUCACCGCUCAUUUCCCAGAAUUCUCAUAUGCCGACUGGAAUGACUGGUUUUGUAUUAAGCUGGUUCCUCUCUUUCCCAGUCUAACUCCAGAGACCUUAAAAAACAUAUUAGUAAACGUCAACUGCACUCUUUACAAAAUAAUUGUUAAAGGACUGAACCUGGGAUUUGAGGAAAUGUCUUUAAGCUUAAGGCAAGAAAUCACCCCUCCUUUGGUGAAUUACCUGAAGCAGACUCAGAAACUCAAAGGUUCAGUCAGACCUUGUGGUCCUAAUAUUUCGCUGGACUGGACUUUGGAAAAUCUUGGCAAUUUCUCCUGGUUUGUGAGUGUGGAAAAUCUGCAGUUGCUGGAUCCUGAUUUUUCUAAGAAUCCACACAGUACAGCUCAACCAAACGAAGGAUUGUCAACCAGAAAACAGAUUUCUACAUCGGCUCCAUCUACCUCUAAAUAUUCAACAAAUUCUGCCUCUUCUUUACCACCACUGAAAAUAACUAAACCUAAAACGUCUGCACCAAUCUCUAGACAAUCUUCUUCCACCACAGGAGAAAUUGAAGGGUCUACAAUUACUGUUAAAUCCACAGAAGCCCAGAUUUCAACUCAACAGAUUUCCACUCAUCACCAAACAUCAACUCUUCCAUCAUCUGCUACUGAUAUCAAUCAAGCCACACUCCCAGUAUCAACCAAUGGAAUCCAUGCAACACUUCACCAGCAGUCUUCAACACAUCAAGACUUGAGUGAAAGUGCAGCUUCUGCAAAAACACAAAGAGUAGAAUCCACCAGUCACCAAGAAACAGAGGUCUUCACUAAACCUGAGGCGAAUCCCGUCUCCAACGAUCUAAUACAAUCUUCAGGAACCACUGGAAUACAGGACAUGAGUCCUGAUACAACUGCACCGUUCUCAGCCUUAACAACCCAAAAUACGCAGAUUGACAACGACGCCACUGCUGUAACGACCACAACCGCCACGGCAACCUCUACAGCUAACGCUACGUCAACCGCUAUGGCGAACGCUACGUCGAACGCGACCGGGCCGGCUAAAGACGGAGAGGGAUCUCUGGUUUUGCGUAUAAGCAUCCAGAAAAUCUUCAUUCCUGCGUACAACAAUGUUACCUCCAAAGAGUACAUGAAUCUGGCCCUUAAUGUCACUACUGAGAUGAAUCGAGGUUUCCAAGAGGAGUAUCCGCUCACAUUCAUCCGAUCCUUCAUCUUAAACUUAAUGCCCUGGCCUAAUGCAGUUGCAUUGGACACUCAGCUCAUCUUCGUAAACGACUCUGUGGUUCCAAAAGAUUCAGAGACGGUCGACACUCUGAGAUCUGCAGUACGUUCCUCUAGAAUCAACCUGAACAUUCUUCCUUCCACAAUCACUGUCGUUGCAGUGAACCCGGAUCUGGCGUCCACUGGAGCUCCACCAAUGGUCGAGCAGCAGAGGGAGGAGAGCAAUACCCAGCGACCAGCGGUCACCGGCGGCACCACGGCAACAUCCGUACCCACCAUACCAACGCUUUUAUUCAUAAUGCUGAUGUCUUACUGCAUCAUAACCACCCUGCUGUACUGAGUUUAACAUCAUAUUCCAUAUCAACCACUCAGCAACACCAUAGCAACCUAACGGGAACAGUGUGGAGGAAUCUGCACAGUCACUUAUUAUACUAUAUUAUUAUUAUUAUUAUUAUUAUUAUUAUUAUUGUUAUUAUUAUUAUUAUAGUAAAAAACUUAAAAUGUAUUAUUCCACAUUAUUUUAUAUAGAAUAUUUUGUGCAGGCACAAGUGCAAUCAGCAAUCCAACACACACCAUAAUAAAUAACAGAAUUAUUAGAAUUAAUGAACAAAUAAUCAAAAACAGACUUUUAUAUAAUUAGCUCUAGGCUCCAACAGACUUUUCUAUUACAAUAAACAACAUUACUGUAAUUUAAGGACUAUUUCAUGCUACUAAAACAGCUAUAAUAUCAUUGAAUAAUAAAGAAAAUACACCUGUUACAAUGAAUCAAUGUACUUUUAUUCAUGUAUACAUUUUCAGAUUUACAAUUUACAUGAAAAUAAAUUAAGUAAAACAAAAAAAUAGAAAGUUCAGCAAAAUUUAUUGUAUAAAAACUUUAAACAGCUGCUCAUUCCAAUGGAUUUCAUCAGAGGUAUCAAAGUGUUUAUUUCUCUACACAUCUAUUUGUACACAAUGUUAUUUGAUCUAUUACAAAUAUUACAAUUUAUUUUUAAUAAAUAUAUAAAACUUUAAAGCAUUUCCAGCUCCAAUUAUUAUUAUAACUACCUUAGAAAAUGCUAUAUAAAUAAAAUUGUAUUGUUGUUAUUAUUAUUAUUAUUAUUAUUAUUAUUAUUAUUAUUAUUAUAUUGUCACUGUCCCUUGAGGGUUAUUUUUACCCUUUUCUCUAUAUUUCUCUAAAUUUACCUGAUAAACUCUUUUUUCUUUGACUUUAAACAAGGCUUUGAAAGUAAACAAGGUUUUUACACCUCUCCUGUAAAGUUGCUGUUUUGGAGAUACUUGUUUUUCAUUGGACGGCGACACAUUAUAUUAUAGAUGGUAUAAUAGUAUAAAUAAGUAAAAAAAUUAUUGAGAGGGAUAUUGUAAAAAAAAAAAAAAAAAAAAAACAGCAACUAAACAAAUUUAAACAACACAGUACUGCUGCACUUGUGCCAAAACCACAAAAAAUAUUUCUAAUUAUUUAUAAUUAUAAAUUACUCGGUAUAAUAAAUUUGCAACUCCUCUGUACUGAUACAUACGACUCAAAGUAAUCCCUAAAUGCAAAUAAUUUUUUACUUUUGAUUUUGGUGUGAAUUUUUUGUGAUUAGACAUAUGUCAGUUAUUAUACAUUAUUAUUAACCAUGAUCUAAUGCAAUCAGUUAUAUCAGUAUAACAGUAUGUUUAUAUGGGACAGAGAUAAACACAUUUAAAACCAGAAAUAACAGAGCAGUUUUGGGUUUUACUGCGAGGAAAUACAUAAAAAUGUGUCCCUUUUUAAUUGAAUUUAUUAAUUUAAUUGUCAAAUUAAUAUAUAUAUAUAUAUAUAUAUAUAUAUAUAUAUAUAUAUAUAUAUAUAUAUAUAUAAAAUCAAGAGACAACACCUGAUUGGCCAAGCUUGAUCAACAUUCAUCAUACAAUCUUAUAUUUUAGUUAUUUUUUCCUUUUUCCUCUUACAUGAAAUUAAAUCAAUCCUUUAAUGCUGGUAAAUAUACUGUUUAUAUACAUUCAUAAUAAUAGACAUGAAAAAAAAAUAACGUAAAUCAUAACUUAAAUUGUGAACGUUUG